AAGUGUCGCUGUAGCUGUUGUACAAUGAGUGUAGGCGGAACACACUGUGUCACCGGAAGCCGGACGUGUGUAUGGUAAGGGAAAUAGAGAAGUGAGUUAGGCGCUCUAGCUGGGAAGUCUCUACUGUUCUGGUGGACUACUGUGUAGGUGAGAGCAACUAUAAUAUAGAGCGGUAGCUGGGUUGAGUGACAGCGCGGAAAGACCCCAAAGCGAAGAACGGUAAAGUAACCCAGUUAGUCAGGGCGUAUCGAGGAACGAUCCGAAAACCAGUCAGAGGGCAGCGAGGAGGCAGCCCGACCAGCUGGCACCAAAUCUGGAAGCAGCCACAUAGUUGGUGUCAGAGUGACUGCAUGAGCGCGGGGUUGACUGAGACUGAGACACCCUUUGCACCCAGAUUGAAGGAGAGCAGAGACAGUCGGGGAGUCGCACUGCCUCCCUUCCUAUGCUGUAUUCCUGAGUUCCUACCCUGCUGCUCCACACAGCAUGGCCCGUAUCCGGCCCUUCAGCCUCCUGUGCUGCUCCUGCUGCUCCUCGCACGGACACAACAACAACAACAACUCCCAGGAGAGCAGCAGCCGCAUUUCUUGCAAUGGCAUCUACAGCGUGCUCAUCGCCCUGCUCACCCUGCACACCGCCCGCACCCACACCGAGGCGUUCAUCCAAUCCGAAAACGUAAUUGAAGUGCUUCGCUUUGAUGAUGGAGGCCUUUUAGAGGCUGAAACAACAAUUGGCCUGCGCUCCUAUCAGCAGAAAAGUAUGUCAUUACACAGAGGAAAUUGUAGACCUAUAAGGUUUGAGCCACCCAUGCUGGACUUCCAUGAGCAGCCAGUGGGAAUGCCAAAAAUGGAAAAAGUUUACUUGCACAAUCCUAGUUCAGAAGAAACUAUUACAUUAAUAUCUAUAUCAGCAACAACAUCGCAUUUUCAUGCGUCGUUUUUUCAAAAUAGGAAAAUUCUCCCAGGUGGGAAUACGUCAUUUGACGUGGUGUUUCUUGCAAGAGUAGUGGGAAACGUAGAAAAUACUUUAUUUAUCAACACCUCAAAUCAUGGGGUUUUUACUUAUCAGGUUUUUGGAAUUGGGAUUCCCAACCCUUAUCGACUACGCCCUUUCAUUGGGGCAAGGGUCCCUGUAAAUAGCAGUUUUUCACCUUUAAUUAAUAUUCACAAUCCACACAGUGAACCUUUACAGGUUGUAGAAAUGUAUUCCAGUGGGGGUGACUUGCACUUGGAGCUUCCAACAGGUCAGCAGGGGGGUACCAGGAAGCUGUGGGAAAUCCCACCUUAUGAGACAAAAGGUGUAAUGCGUGCAAGCUUCUCUUCGCGAGAAGCAGACAAUCACACUGCAUUUAUUAGGAUUAAAACAAAUGCCUCAGACAGCGCAGAGUUUAUUAUACUGCCCGUGGAGGUAGAAGUCACCACAGCUCCUGGGAUAUAUUCCUCAACAGAAAUGUUAGAUUUUGGUACAUUACGAACACAAGAUGCACCCAAAGUUUUAAAUCUCCACCUUUUAAAUUCGGGAAUGAAGGACGUUCCUAUAACUAGUGUUCGGUCGACACCUCAAAAUGAUGCAGUAACAGUUCACUUCAAGCCAAUAACACUGAAAGCUUCAGAGAGCAAAUACACCAAAGUAGCAAGUAUCAGUUUUGAUGCAUCAAAAGCAAAGAAGCCAUCACAGUUUUCUGGAAAAAUCACUGUCAAAGCUAAAGAGAAAAGUUAUUCCAAAUUGGAAAUUCCAUAUCAGGCAGAAGUUCUGGAUGGGUAUUUGGGAUUUGACCAUGCUGCCACACUAUUCCACAUAAGGGACAGCCCAUCUGAUCCAGUAGAAAGAGCAAUAUAUCUAACAAACACCUUUAAUUUUGCUGUCCUCAUACAUGAUGUCUUGUUACCUGAAGAUGCAAAACCUAUGUUUAAAAUCCAGAAUUUCAGCUCCCAUGUAUUAAUUCCACCAGGUGAAUCUCGCUAUAUAUUUUCACUUCUCUUCACACCGUCCACAUCUUCAGUUCAUAUAGACAGCAAUAUAUUACUUAUUACCAAUGCAUCAAAGUUCCAUCUUCCAGUGCGUGCUUACACUGGAUUUCUAGAUUACUUUAUUUUACCUCCUAAACUGGAGGAACGUUUUAUAGAUUUUGGCAUCCUAAGUGCUUCAGAAUCUAGCAGUCUUCUAAUUGCCAUCAUGAAUAGCAACCCUAUAGAGUUAGCCAUCAAGAGCUGGCUUGUUAUUGGAGACAGUCUUUCUAUAGAUCUGCUCACUACAGAGAAAGGCAACAGAACCUCCAUCAUUGCAAGCCUUCCAGAGAUUGAAAAUGCCACAGUGUCAGACCGCACCUCAGUUAUAUUAACUUCAGGUUAUUAUGCGGUGUUCCGUGUCUCUAUUAUUGCUAAAGAUUUGGAAGGAUCCUAUGAUGGAGGCAUACAAAUAACAACAGAUUAUGAGAUACUAACUGUUCCUGUAAAGGCAGUGGUAGCUGUUGGCUCAUUGACGUGCUCUCCAAAGCGCAUAACUCUUCCACCUUCCUUCCCGGGAAAAGUAGUCCAUCAGAGUUUAAAUAUAAUGAGUUCCUUCUCACAGAAGGUGAAAAUACAACAAAUACGCUCCUUAUCGGAGGAUGUUAGAUUUUUUUAUAAGAGAUUACGGAGCAAUAAAGAUGAAUUAGAGCCUGGAAAGAAGUCAAAGAUAGCAAACAUUUAUUUUGAUGCUGCUUUAAAUUGUGGAGACCACUGCUAUAUUGGACUUCCUUUUUUAUUUAAAAGUGAAUCUAAGGGACAACAUUUAGCAAUGCAAGAGGACUUGUGGGAUUCUGACUGGGAUUAUUAUGAGAAUUUAUACAAGAAGUGGUCAGAAAUUCGUGAAAAUUCUGAUCAUUUACUUGAAGCUGCGUUUGAGGUUGACACUGACCUCCAGAAAAAUAUCCUUUCAGAUGUGAAAGCUGAACUUAUGUGGCCUUCAGUUGUUAGUUCAUCAAGAUAUAUUCGCUUUCCAUUGACGAAUACCAACAGCUCAACAGUGGAAGAAAUGUUUUUAGAAAAUCCUUCUGAUGCUCCAGUUUACAUCCAGAUCCUUCCACUGGCUCUCUAUUCUAACAAUUCAUUCUUGUUAGAAAGAAUAAUAGACAGAUUUAACAUUAGUAAGUCAGUUGAUAUAGACCUGAAAACCCUUGAAUUCCAAGUCUUCAGAAAUAAUGUAAACCCUGUGCAGAGCAGUCACAGCUUUGUGGAGGGCUCCUCACGCCACUCCGUACUGAACCUUGUUUUAAAGUCUGGGGAGAAACAAAAUGUGAAAUUAAAAUUCACUCCAGUUCAGAAUCAAACGGUAUCCUCUUUACUUAUUGUUAGAAAUAAUUUAACUGUAAUUGAUGUGAUUAUGGUUGAAGGGCAGGGAGCAAAGGAAAACCUUAAGGUUGCGGGAAAACCCCCAGGCCCUGGAAGCUCAUUGCGCUUUAAAAUCACAGAAGCUUUUCUGAAAGACUGCACAGACAAAAUUAAACACAGAGAACCAAACUUCACAAUGAAAAGGACAUUUAAACUUGAAAACACAGGACAGCUUGACGUGACUGUUAAAUCCAUGGAAAUCAGUGGAUAUUCCUGUGAAGGAUAUGGAUUCAAGAUUUUGAAUUGCAAUGAAUUUGCACUAGGUCCUAAUGCCUCAAGGGAGGUUACCAUAUUGUUUACACCAGAUUUCACCUCCUCACGAGUGAUCCGUGAACUUAGAAUUGUAACAGAAGGUGGUUCUGAGUUUGUUUUUAUAUUAAAUGCGUCCCUUCCAUAUCACAUGCUAGCUACAUGCGCAGAAGCACUUCCACGACCCAACUGGGAACUGGCACUUUAUGUCAUCAUCUCAGGGAUAAUGAGUUUGCUGUUUCUAUUAGUAAUUGUUACAGCUUACUUAGAAGCUCAAGGGAUAUGGGAACCGUUUAAAAGGCGGCUUUCCUUUGAAUCCGCACACCCUUCCAUUGUUUUUGGACGACCCUUUGACCUCAGAAGAAUUGUGGGCAUUUCAUCAGAAAGCAGCUUUAAUUCCGUUGGAUCAGACUCCAAUCACAGUUCUAACAGAGGGCUAUACACAGGGAGUACCUCCACGAGGACUGGCGCAGGUAAUCAGAAGCCAUGCAACCCAGUAUCCAACCUGCAGAACAGUAGGAGUGCUCCUGACGCAGAACUCAGUCGGCCAAAGAACAGCUCAAAUAUAGCAAGCAAAUUAUCUUCACAAGCAGCUGUUGCACAACCAAGUAGUAAAGCCCCUUCCCCGCAAACAGACUCAAAUACAGUUGUUCAAAACCAAGCUUUAACCAGGCGCACCAGGGGCACAAGACUGAGUCAGAAUCAAGUGUCACAGGAACAGCUUCCAUCUACACCAUCACCAGCAGUGCCUCCACCCCAAGCAGAACAGCAAGCAGAAAUCUCACAGCCGGUGACCAGUAAUACUUCCCAUCCAGAGUACUUUCGGGCUAGCAGCAGUAAUGCCCGGCAUAGCUCAGAUGAUUCUGAUAUAACUAAUCUUAUAGAAGCUAUGGAUAAAGACUUUGAUCAGUCUGAAAUCACACAUUCAGAUGUGUUUACAGAACAGCCCCCAUCUCCAGUGCUUAAAAAUAAAGGGAAAACAAGAUCUGUUAUGCACAAAUCCAAAUUUCAAAAGAAGCAAGAAGAGAAAGACAGAAGAAUAAAAGGCAAGCAGCUGGAGGAUGAGCUUAAAGACUCCCUUGCUGAUGACGACAGCUCCUCAACCACUACAGAAACCUCUAAUCCUGAUACUGAGCCCCCUGUCAAAGAGGAUGGGGAAAAGUUAAAGGGAAAACAAACCAUUCCUGUUAAAUCAGAAAGAGAAAUUUUGAAGGUGAAGCCGAAAGGCAAGAAAGCCGCAAACAACAAAAAAGAAAGCAUUCCGGAGGUUAAGCAAAGUCAUGUAUUUCACCAUUUCAGCUCCUUGGAAUUACCAUAUACCACACCUCUUGAAAACAAGCAACGCAAAAAUUUCUCCAAAAUUACAGUACAGAACCCAUUACUGAAUGGUUCAAAACCAAAGACUUUGCAGAAAGCAAGAGGUACCAGCAGUAAGUUAGUGGACAACAGGCAGUCACUGGCAAAAUAUCUCCCUUGUCGCACUGGUCAGGAACUGGGCAACACCAGCAGUUCAGAAGGGGAGAAAGAUUCCCCACCGCCAGAGUGGGACUCUGUGCCAAUUCAUAAAGCAGGCAGCUCAGCAGACAGCCUUUAUAAACUGUCUUUACGAACACACCAUGCAGAUGACUUUUUGAAACAACGACAAACCUCACCUGCUCCUACCUCUCCGUCCCCUCCCCCCUCGGCAAGCUUUGUGGCAAGAGGCAGCUACAGCAGCAUUGUCAAUAGCACAAAUAAUCUUGAUCUAAGGAGCAACCUUACUGGUACCAAACACAAGCUAACUAAGGCAACCUCCUUACCUGGACGAAAUGGCAACCCUACCUUUGCUGCUGUAGCUGCAGGAUAUGACAAAAACCCAGGUGGUAAUGGAGUGGCAAAACCAGCCGUUACUAAAUGUGAUGCCCCAAGCAACAUUUGUGUCUCUCAUACCAUUUCCCUUGACAGCGAUGGCUCUGAUAGCUCUGGCCUAUGGAGCCCCAUCAGCAGUCCCAACAGCCCAGACUUAGUUCCACUUAAAUCAUUCUCUGCUUUUGGACCCAGCAAUUCCUUCAACUUAACAGGGGAGGUGUUUAAUAAUUUGGCAUUUCCAAGAUCAGCCUAUGGCCCUGAUCCUCAGAAGAAAUGGAGUGAGUUUGAGUCAACAUCAUCAAUCUGGGAUGCACCCAGCACUGACCCUGUUCCCACAUGGCCAACCAGCACAGGAUCUCCCACCCAUGCAUCACCUUCUAUCCUUGGGAACACUAGCAGUCUCUGGUCUACAACCACCCCUUUCAGCAGUUCCAUAUGGUCAAGCAACCCUAACAACAGCCUUCCAUACAGCACUCCUGCCAACACUCUUCCUGGCAUUGAUCUGAUGGGCAGUGAAAGCGUCUGCUCUUCCUCCAACUCUGCUUCGGCAGCUGUUUCACACAACCCCGACGCCAUCGGAGGCCAGACUUACAAUCCUUGGAGGAUUUGGAGUCCCACCAUUGGGAGGAGAAGCUCUGAUCCAUGGCCCAACACCCAUUACCCACCUGAUAAUUAGAGCUCUGGUGAAUUUGGUCUCUUUUCGUGGAGCAGAAAAAACUGCCUGUGAUUUGAUUGGAUGAGUGUCCGUUUGUUCUUUCAAACAGGCUUUUUAUCUUAAUGGUGUUUUAUUUGAUUUUUUUUUUUAAAUUCCAACACCUGGCCUUCUUAGAAUCCACCUCUUAAGUAUAACUUCUACUGGUUUUAAUUCUCCCUUUUGCCUUCUGUUCUGUUUACUUGAUAUUGCUGUUCCGUUUUAAGAAGGGCAAAAAAAAUAUUUGGCAAAGUCCUUGCCUUACAGAAGUUACCCACACAGACUGUUUAUAGCUGUUCCGUUUCCUCCCCCUCCAUGUUUAUUUAUUUAUGUUGCCACUGAGCCCUGUAAUAAUUGGCCCAGAGUGAACAAUAUCAGCCCCGUCAGAUAAGCAUCACCAAGGAAAAAGAGAUCUAUUUUUUUUAUGUGACAAGCGAGGAUCUCCCCAGUAUUAUGUUUCUAAUAAAGGCACAUAGCCGCCUGUGCUACAAUGCUGAGUAUUUUUCAUGCAAAGUUUGUUUCUGUGCCGGCUAAGUGAACAAAAUGCAGCAAGAUGAGAGUGCAGAAAGCGGGAUGUUAUGGCUGUGCAGCUCUUCCAUUUGUGUUCUUGGUUAUCUACCGGGAUGCAUUUUAUAGUUAAGUUGAAUUGCUCAACAAAAAAAUCUUGUGAUUAAAAACGAGGUUAGUGGGGCAAUUCAUGCAACUUUAUGUUGUACCUUAAAUAAAUGAAGCUUUUUUCAGUAA